GCAAUUUGGAAUUUAAAGAACCACUUGGUGUAUAGAGUGUGGAGAGUCACGAUGAAGUUAAAAUUGUUAAUAUUAGCAGUAGCAUUAUGUAUUGUAAAUGCAGAGUACAAAAGUUAUGAAGGUUAUAAAGUAUUUAAAAUAGUUCCUGAAGCUGAAAAAGAUGUGAAGAUUCUAAAAGGAUUAGAAAAGGUCACUGAGUACCAAUUUUGGACUGACGUCAUUCAAAUUGGUGAAGAUGUUAGAAUUAUGGUAUCACCAGAAAAGUUGUCAAAAUUUGAAGAAUAUUUAACAGCACAAGGUAUUAAAGCUUCGAUCGCCAUUGAAGAUGUUCAAAAAUCAAUUGACGCCCAGCUUCGAAGACCAAAAAUCAACCGACUUAACAAUAAUUAUGACUGGAAUUACUACCAAAAUUUAGAAGAAAUUCACAAAUGGAUGGACGAAAUCGUUGACCAGCAUGCGGAUGUAGCUAGCAUAGUUACUAUAGGAACUUCGCGUGAAGGAAGAGACAUAAAGGGUGUUAAAAUAGACUAUAGAAAAAGAGAAAACGCAACAGUUGGAAUGUUGGAAGGUGGUAUACAUGCUAGAGAGUGGAUAUCUCCAGCCACGAUUACUUGGAUCAUAAAUGAAUUUUUGACAAGCACGGACGCUGAAGUACGGGCGCUAGCGGAAAAUAUCGUUUGGCAUAUCUUCCCUGUGGUGAAUCCAGAUGGUUAUGAGUAUACUUUUACAAAUAACAGAAUGUGGCGAAAGAACAGAAACAACGAAAGCUUUACAAGUUGUAGCCAGUGGAAUCUUAAUGAUGACAUGAGCAAUGGUGUUGAUCUCAACAGAAAUUUUGACUUUCUAUGGAUGACCGUAGGAGCAUCGAAUAACCCUUGCGCAGAGACCUAUGCUGGCACAGUUGCUAAUUCUGAACUGGAGACUCGAGCCAUUAUAAACUACGUCGAAUCCUUGCAAAGCAAUGGAGAUCAUUUAUUGUACUAUUUUGCGUUCCACUCCUUCUCACAGUUAGUUCUGGUGCCAUACAGUCAUGUGGCUGGUGCUCAAGUGCUGGAGGCUCCUAAUUAUGGUGACAUGUUCGAAAUUGCAAUCAAAGGCAUGGACAAACUCAAGGAAAGGAACGGCACUGAAUACAUUGUCGGUACCUCUGCGGAUAUUCUAUAUCAUGUAAGCGGGUCAAGUUUCGAUUGGGCAAAAGGCGAAGCUGAUAUUCCCAUAGUAUAUCUUUUCGAAUUGAGAGAUGACGGUGAUUACGGGUUCCUGCUCCCUCCAGAACUAAUUAAAGACAACAAUAGAGAAAUUGUUGAUGGCCUGAUUGAAAUGGAUAGAGUAACCAGACAACUUGGCUAUUAUCACCGAAGCAGUGGGUUUAUGCAUACUUUAAAUGCAAUAAUUAUUCUUUUAUCAUUGAUAAUUGUUAUGUGAUAGAAUUAACUCUAUGAUAAUAAACGAUAUUAUCGGUA